AGGUUUUUUUAUUAUUUUGGGCUACGCGUUUUGAUCUAAGCAUACAUCUUCAUAAUCUUUAUUUUUUGAAACAAUAUCAGGAUUAUUGAGAUGACUAAAUGGCAUUUUGGCCAUCAUAUAUGUCACAUGAUUAGUUGUUGAAAUGUUUAUCAUGUUUGGAUCAUUAAAGUCUAGUGUAUCUAUCUCCUGGUUCUGAUUGCAUAAACUCUUUACACCUCAUCCCAUGUUUCAGAGGGGAUCUUGUGUGAGAUAUGGUAACAAAACGUUGUUUCUUUUUGUCCUUAGUGUCUCAUUCAUUCUAAUAUGAUAAUUUGGCAAAGUUUUCAUUCAAGAUAAAAAGUCUUUGUUUAGGAGCAUGCAGGCCACACAUGCAAUGCAACUGUACCUUGAUGUUUGCUUGCACAUUGAAGUAGCACAAGGACAAAGAGAGGGGGUGAGGUAGGUGGUAGGUCUUUAGUUCUCAGAGAACAUGGAUGAUACAACCCCUGGAGUGGUGGACAAACAGGUGCUGUGAAAAUGAUUUGAGGGCCAGUAAUGAGAGAGUGAAUCCAUCCGCCGAGGAGGAGGAGGAGGAGGAGGAGAAGCAGGUGUGGCUUUAAAGAGGGAGAAAUCUUUGGAUGGACCAGCGACUGCGUGUCAUUUAAUGUGCCCUCACCCACUCAUAUUCACACGUUUGCCUCACUUGCGUACUCCCUCAGCACGUUCGAGAUAUCGAGAAUCGACAACAGUAAUAGCCAAGGAGAAGGAGAGGGGAGGUUGGUCUUUGGGAUAAGGGAGGUAUCUCUUCUUUCUCCCAUCAACACAUAUUUGUUGUCGUUGGAAAGCAUUGGAAAAAGCGCGCCUUCCUUGAGAGGGCAGGCUGUCCCUCCUUUUAUUUUACUGCGCAACAACGACAGCAGCAGCGGGCAGGCAGACGGGGCCAAGCUUUGCCCUCUCUUCCUGAGACCACCGCAGCAGCACUGCGAGCGAUCCCCCCGGACCAAGCCAAGCCCACCUACCGGAGGCGCAGAUCUCUACCCCGCAAUUAAAUCUCUCGACAUCUCUCCCGUCUCCCCAGCCCCCCAUGAUUGGGGUCGCGGCGGAGGGCCGGUGGUGAUCCCUCCGUCUCUCAAGAUUCCGCCUUUACCUCGUGGGCUGUCGCGGGCGAUGACUUGAUCCCGGGGGUUUCCUUGGAGCAGGGAACAUGAAGUCAGGCUACAAAAAGGCUUGGAAAUCCCUGUUACCUCUUCGGCUAAAUAAGAGAUCUUCCAAUCGGUUUUGUAUGUUCUCAAAGGUUCGAUCGGCCAGCAGAACAUCAGGAAAUGCACCUGUUUAUCUAAAUGUGUAUGACUUGACACCAAUUAAUGGCUAUAUGUACUGGGCAGGCCUUGGGAUAUUUCACACAGGUGUUGAAGUUCAUGGGGUGGAAUAUGCAUUUGGCGCACAUGACUAUCCAACAAGUGGAGUCUUUGAGGUUGAGCCUCAUCAAUGUCCAGGAUUCAGGUUCAGGAAAUCAAUAUUCAUGGGUACAACAUGUUUAGACCCAUUUCAGGUUCGAGAGUUCAUGGAAAUUCAGUCUGUAAAUUAUUAUGGAGACACCUACCACUUGAUCACGAAGAACUGCAACCAUUUCUGCCAAGAUAUCUGUUUUAACUUGACUGGUAACUCAAUUCCAAAAUGGGUGAACCGACUUGCUAGGAUAGGUUCCCUCUGCAACUGCCUACUGCCCGAAGCCCUUAAGAUAACUGCUGUUCAACAUGACCCAGUUCCGCAAACCAAGGAUGGUGAGAGGAGGAAGCUGAGGAGUGCUUUCAGUUGUCUGUCCUCGAUUUCUAUGCGUCAGAAACGCUUCUCUGCUGCUUCUCUGUUAUCACCUCCAUUUAGAAGUGCCUUUCAUAUUGGGAGUUAGGUCUGGUGCCAUUCCAAUAAAGAAUGCCUGAAAAUAGCAGGAUCUGUUGAUCAAGAAAAAACCUGAUGGUUUCUUAGUUUUCUCCCGUGGAAAGCUUGUGAAUGCAUAUCUUAGUACAGAAAGAUGGCUACCCAUAAUGUGCUAUAAGCUUUGACCUUGUUGUAUAAGCUUGUUGUGGAUAGGAAAGCGAUCACUAAAUGAUGUGCAAUGCUUCUGUUAUUUGUUAGGUUGCUCACUUGAACAAAGACUUUUGUAGCACUGAUCAUCUGAGGUUUGUUGUAUGAUUAUUUCAUAGAAGCAGUACCCAAAUUUUUGGAUA